AUGGGAAACAUUAUUGUCAUUAGGGAGAAGUGGGAAGAUUUCAUUCUUGCCGCGACCAGUGUUGAAGCUGAGAUUUCCUUAGAGAUGGCCUUGCACGGUCACUAUCGGGGUAAGCUUUGCCACCGAGAGGUUGAUCUUGUGGAGGGUCUUCCCCCUCCCGUAUCUAAAAAACGUGUUGAAGCCGAGAUUUCCUUAGAGAUGGCCUUGCGUGGUCACUAUCGGGGUAAGCUUUGCCACCGAAAGGUUGAUCUUGUGGAGGCUCUUCCCCCUCCCGUAUCUGAAAAACGUAUGCGGGAGCUCGCUGGAUUGCUCUCAGCAGAAGGGGGAAAUAUUGGUUCUUGCAGACCUGCCUCGCCUUCCUAG